CACUUUUAGUCAACUUCCGCUUAGCCAAUUUUAUUAUGUCCACCCAAAUCAUUGAAACUAUUUUCUUUAAUUCUAGAUCUAAAUAGAUUUCUGUAUUAAUUUAAUUUUAAUACUUACUUAGUCAUCAUGUCGGGGAACGGAUUUCAAGCUUCGUAUGCUAAUGAUAGACCACCUAGUUCUGCCGGCAGUGGAGAUGGAGGAGACGUGAGUACAGAUCCUGCUAGCAGUGGAUUUUUCACCUCGGAUUCAAAGAAACAUGAGGAUCUAAAAACCAUGUUAGACAGCAACAAAGAUGGUCUCAAACUUGAGGCCAUGAAAAGAAUUAUUGGAAUGGUGGCUAAAGGCAAAGAUGCUUCUGACUUAUUUCCUCCAGUGGUCAAGAAUGUUGUUUCAAAGAAUUUAGAGAUAAAAAAAUUGGUUUAUGUGUACUUGACAAGGUAUGCAGAAGAGCAACAAGAUUUAGCUCUUCUUUCCAUCAGCACAUUCCAAAGAGCCCUAAAGGAUCCAAAUCAGCUUAUCCGUGCAAGUGCUUUAAGAGUUCUGUCCAGUAUUCGUGUCCCUGUCAUAGCACCAAUUAUGAUGUUAGCUAUAAAAGAAGCAGUCAUGGAUAUGUCACCUUAUGUGAGGAAAACAGCAGCUCAUGCUAUCCCAAAGCUAUACAGCUUAGAUCCAGAAACUAAGGAACAACUCAUUGAGGUUUUGGACAGGCUGCUUGCAGAUAAAACCACGCUUGUAGCUGGAAGUGCCAUUCAAGCCUUUGUUGAAAUCUGCCCAGAACGCAUUGACUUGAUCCACAAGAAUUAUCGAAAACUAUGUAAUUUGUUGGUGGAUGUUGAGGAAUGGGGUCAAGUGGUGAUCCUGAAUAUGCUAACACGUUAUUGUCGAACUCAGUUUAUUUCACCUAACCAAGAUGAUGUAAAUGGUGAUAAUGAGCUCCCAUUUUAUGAGAGCUCUGAAAAAGAUUCUGAUGAGGAAGAAGAAGUGGUGGAUGAAGAUGCAAAGAAAAAGAAAGCUGAGAAACCGAUUCCCUACAUGAUGGACUCAGAUCAUAGGCUUCUACUUCGACAGUCAAAACCUCUUCUAAAUAGUCGCAAUUCUGCUGUUGUGAUGGCUGUGGCUCAGUUGUACCAUCACUGUGCACCUAAAUCUGAAGUUGGUGUUGUAGCAAGAAGUCUCAUUCGUCUACUUAGAAGCCAUCGGGAAAUACAGUAUGUUGUUCUCAGCAACAUUGCUACAAUGACAAACAAAAGAAGAGGAAUGUUUGAGCCAUAUUUGAAGUCUUUCUAUGUCAGAUUCAGUGACCCUCUGCAUGUUAAGCUAUUAAAGCUGGAGAUUUUAACAAGUCUUGCAACAGAAACCAAUAUUUCAACCAUACUCAGAGAAUUCCAAACAUAUGUUACAAGCUCAGAUAAAGAGUUUGCUGCUGCAACUAUUCAAGCCAUUGGCCGUUGUGCUAGCAGUAUUGCUGAAGUCACAGACACAUGUCUCAAUGGUCUUGUUCGCCUGAUGUCAAAUAGAGAUGAGGCUGUCGUGGCUGAGAGUGUUGUGGUCAUUAAGAAGUUACUCCAAAUGAGGCCCUCAGAACAUAAAGACAUCAUUUGCUACAUGGCCAAGAUGGUGGAUAAAAUCACCGUACCCAUGGCAAGGGCCAGCAUUUUGUGGCUGAUUGGGGAGUACAGUGAGCGAGUACCUAAAAUUGCACCUGAUGUUUUACGGAAAAUGGCUAAAAACUUUAUCAAUGAGGAAGAUAUUGUGAAGCUGCAAGUACUCAACCUAUCUGUGAAGCUGUGCAUAACCAACCCCAAGCAGACCAAGCUGCUCUGUCAGUAUGUGUUGAACCUGGCCAAGUAUGAUCAGAACUAUGAUAUAAGGGACCGCUCACGCUUCAUGCGCCAGUUUGUUAUCCCAUCAGAGAAACCAUGUGCAUUAGCCAAGUAUGCUAAAAAAAUAUUCCUCGCUACUAAGCCAGCUCCUGUUUUAGAGUCCAUGUUUAAAGCACAUGACAACUACCAGCUUGGCUCUCUAGCACACCUGCUGAACAUGAAGACCACUGGGUACCAGGAGUUGCCAGAAUGGCCCACCACGGCCCCAGACCCAUCUGUAAGAAAUGUUGAGGUGGCACCAACUUGGCAAGAAAACAGAGAGCCUAUCCGGGGUAAAAAACAGAAGCAGCCUAGCACAGAUGUCAAGACAUUUUACUCCUCUUCCAGUGAUGAUGAUGAUGAAAGCAGUGAGGAGGAUAGUGAUGAGGAAUCAGAUGAAGAUAAAGAGGAAGGAACUGAAGAAGAUUCUGAUGAAGAGGAGGAGGAGGCAUCAGAUUCAUCCAAGGAAGAAUCUGAGGAGUCAUCAUCUGAAGAAGAUAGUGAAGAAGAGUCUUCUUCUGAAGAGGAAGAUUCGUCCGAAGAAGAUAGUGAAGAGGAAGUGAAAAAGCCUGUCAAAAAACUGGAUCAACUAAAACCAAAUCAACCUAAAGUCAGCCCAGCAAAGCCAGCCAACGCAGAUUUGCUUCUUGACUUUGAUGAUUUGGGGCAGACUGCUACUAGUGUUGGUAUCUCCCCGUCUGUUGGCAUCAUGCUGACACCAACAUCAGCUGGAAGUGGUACAGUCCCACAGGCUACAUCCUCACCCACUGACAAAUCUAAUAUUGUUCAAGGCUUGAAUGUUCCAAGCAAGACUUACGAGCUGAUCAAUCGGCUGACCAGUGGUGGCUUGACUGUCACUUACAAGUACACUCGCACCAUUUCCAUUUUUUCAUCCAAGCUGGUGUCCCUGGAGCUGACUUUCACCAAUCAGGGAGAAGCUCCUUACACUUGUAUUAAAAUUGGGGAAAAGAAAAUUCAGCAAGGGAUGGAGAUUCAAGAUUUUCCUGAAAUAGCAACACUUGGUGUCGGGGCUUGUACCUCAGUCUUAAUGGGCAUCAACUUCAACGACACCACCCAGCCAGCAGGAUUCCAGUUGACCAGCGAGCAGAAAAGUUUUUCUAUCAACAUCUCCGCACCUGUUGGUGAGCUCAUUCAGCCACAGACCAUGGGAGAAGCUGAGUUCAAAUCUCAACAAGCCAAGCUGGGAGGGAUGAAUGAAAACAAGGAGUCAUGUGAUAUACCUGAGGCCAAGAGAACACCUGAGGCCAUCUGCACCUGUGUCUUGUCCGUGGCCAACCUCCUGCAGGUGCCCUCCUCCGACCCCAACAUCUACAACUUUGCUGGCCACACCCUGGCGACCUUGACCCUGGUCCUGGCCUCCAUCAACCUUGGAGGGAAGACCCCCAAGGUCACAGUCAACUGUGAGAAGAUGGUCAUAGGCACCAUGUUGUUGAAGGACCUCAAGAGGUCCCUGCUGUCUUCCUGAUGAUGUGCAAUAACAGCUGAAUACAUCCUUAGAGUUUUAGCUUGAGUCAUAUAUAUUCUAUUAUUAUGUACAAUUUUGUGAUGACUGGGGACCAAAUCAUGGAGAUUGGAUAACAGUCCAGAUGUUACCUGUAGCUAUGAUUGAUUGGUUGAUUCAAAUGGACGGGCUUGUAAAUGGUGAUGUAGAGUUUAGAAGAGGUUCUUUGGUGGGAGUUUAUUUAUAGAAAUAUAUAUUGGUAAAGUUACUUGAUGCAUUGUGAAUUCUUUUGUUGUUUCUGUGAGAUUUAUUUUUAGUUUUUAAUGGUUUGAAAUUGUGUUGUAUGUUAAAAUCACGUUAUGCUACUUGUAUGUGAAAGAUCCUGGUCAACAACCAUAUAUUUAGUUAUAUGUUAAAUAUAUAGUAUUUAGUUAUAUAUGUAUUUAGUCUGAACAGUGAGUGGGGUCAUGAAAGUGUUGAGUGGGGCCCAGCAAUGGUUCAGUAUUUAUCAUGUGCUACAAGAUUUAAGUUGUCCUACACCUUUAUGUCAAUUAUCAAAUGUUGAAAUAAAUAAUGGUGUGAUUUAUGUUUGUUGAGCUAUGAGUCAGGAAUUAUGUUACAAGAUAUUUACUUUCUAGCUAUGUAAUAAUCAGGCAUGAGUUGGCAUUGAUUAACUUGUUUUGCUAAUGAAUGAGUACAGCCUGUUAAUGUAGCAGCGUUUAUUUAUAGCAAUGUUCAGUUGUAGUUUCCUUUUGGCUGUAACUAAAUUAACUUGUAAGUUAUCUAUUGCUGUUUUCAAGUCCUUUUUUAUGUGUAAUUUAAUUAACUUAACGGGGCAUUUAUUCUUUAAAUUAGUUUAAACGAGCUUCCAGUUUAGACUUAAUGAAGUAAAUUACUGAAUGAGGCAUUUUAUGGCCUAAUUUUCUCUACAACUUAUACAUUACAUGCUAUUGUGGAUACAUUUCAUGUUAUUGUGGAUACAUUACAUUUUAUUGUGGAUACAUUACAUGUUAUUGUGGAUACAGUACAUGUUAUUGUGGAUAAAGUUGAACAAAUGUUCAUGUUGGUUUUGUUUCACUACAUGAAUUUUUGAAAGGCUGAGCUCUGUAAAGGUUUUGAUGUCUUAAGCAGAUUUUUUUUUUGUAUUUGCUUGGAUUUAUGUUGAGCAGUGGUUCAUAAAUUAAAUGAACGCUAAAUUUUUUUUGUUUCUACCUCUCCCCUCAUAGGUAGCAUCGGACCAUUCAGUAAACUUUUUGAAGGCUGUGCUUGAUCACAUGUAUCUGUUUUUAUGUUUCAAUCUUUGUUUCAGAAUAAUAAUAAAGUAAAUGCAAUUUUAA